CCAGAGGCAGGUCAUUUCUCUCCCUGGAAUCACAAUUGGGGGGAACAGAAAUCCUUCUUCCUCCUGCCCCCCCUCCACAGUUUUUUUUUACUUUGUAUAGAGAGUUUUUUUCCCCUGGACUUGACUGAAAUUAUUCUCUCUUUUCCUGCACAAAGACUGUCACAUCUCUUCCUCCUCCUCCUCGUCUCAGGGACUACAGAAAUAUUUACUUUUAUGAAAUAUUUAAUAGAAAACCUCAAGCAGCCGCCAUCUGUUUUCAUUCCGGAGGAGACGUAAACUUCCCCAGUCCCAAUUCUGCCCUGACUCUCCCUAACAAAAGGAAUACAAAUGCUUUCUGUUCAGCCAGACACCAAGCCGAAAGGUUGUGCUGGCUGCAAUCGCAAGAUUAAAGACCGUUACCUGCUCAAGGCCUUGGAUAAAUACUGGCAUGAGGACUGCCUGAAAUGCGCCUGCUGCGACUGUCGCCUCGGGGAAGUGGGCUCCACGCUCUACACCAAAGCCAACCUCAUCCUCUGCCGCAGGGACUACCUAAGGUUAUUUGGAGUGACGGGAAACUGCGCCGCCUGCAGCAAACUCAUUCCUGCCUUCGAAAUGGUGAUGAGAGCCAAGGAGAAUGUCUACCACUUGGACUGCUUUGCCUGUCAGCUCUGUAACCAGAGGUUUUGUGUAGGAGACAAAUUCUUCCUGAAGAACAACAUGAUUCUGUGCCAGACGGACUAUGAAGAAGGUUUAAUGAAAGAGGGUUAUUCUACCCAGGUGCGCUGAGCCCCCCGGACCCCAACACUAGGAAAUGAUCAGCACUGCGUCCUUUUUAUCUUUUCUGCUCUACAUGUAAAUAAGAAGUGGCACUGAAGCCUACGGAAUAAUGUCCUUGAUAUCAUGGGGGGCCCCUGGGGCGCAACAGAAGACGGACUGACGCAUCUGUGUGUGUGCGACUGUGGCCCCAGCACUGAAUGUUCCAUAAAGAUACAGACGGCUCCAUCCUUCGUUUUGCCUUUAAUCAUCAGUUCGGGGGUUUUUUUGGCAUGAAAUGCAGAUUUUGGACUUUGUACAUAACAAAUUGUAAAUUUUGAAGCACAAAUGUAAUACAGUUUUAUUGUGUUACCACUUGUGCGACGUUGCAUUCGGUACAAUCACUGUGGAUACGUUGUCUAUUUAUGCUUUCUGUAUUUAUUUAUAAUAAGCUAUGUUUGUAGGAAAAUAAUGGAAACAAUGCAAAGAGCCAAUAGGAAGGAGCUUGCACAUGUUCUGUGAAUGGGAGAAGCUUUGCAUUGGCUUCAAGUCUCGGCUUAUGGAUUAAUAGGAUCUAUUGUUUGGGUCUGGUGCUUCAGGCAGCCGCUAUAGAGGUGCCCUAGAACCCCCUGUGCACCCCCUAUGUACCAUCACAGAGGGAAUUGGAUUUGGAAUAGAACAUAACAUUUCAUUCCAAGCAAAUGAACCUCAUGGGGAGGGCAGGGGUCGGCAUGAAUUCCAUUGAAUGUAUCUGAGAUGGUGACCCCCAAGGUCACAAGGCUUAGUCGUCACAAUGUCGUCCUUGUGGCUUUGCGGGAAAUGAAUACUGAUUUGUAUAAAGACUGUAGUAGAGAUGAAUUGCUGCCGUGUAUCAGCCUCACUCCAUGCAGGGGACACGGGGGAGGGGGUCAGCUGCUGAAAGACCCAAAAUUCAGGCAAGAUAAAGAGAUUUAAGCGUUCCCCAAAUUGUGAUAUUUAUUGUGAACCCCCCCCCCCCUUUGUUCACUCCAUUUCCAUAAGAAUUGCUCCCUCAGCAGCCGACCGGCCUUUCUACAAUGCUGAUGUUUUUAUGCAGAAAAUAAUAUCAGAAAUGGGUCCUGUUUUUAUAUAAAAUAAAUAAAGAAUGUAUUUCACCUAAA